UUUAAUGACAGGCGGUUUUCAGAAGCUGCAGGGUUAGGUGCUGAAUAUCUCGCCCAUUCGUCUCCUUCAGAAUAGAAAAUUGAGUAAAAAUGGAGUGUCUAAUUGGAAUUCAAUUCAGGGAUUUUGUUCUCGUCGCUGCGGACAUGACGACAGCACAAUCAAUAAUGGUGAUGAAAACUGAUGAGCACAAGAUCCACAAGAUCUCGGACAAGCUGGUGAUGGCUGUCUCUGGUGAGCAAGGAGAUGCCACACAGUUCUCAGAGUUCAUUGGGAAGAACAUUCAGCUGUACAAAAUGAGGAAUGGCUAUGAACUGUCGCCCAAAGCAGCAGCCACCUUUACUAGAAGAAAGUUAGCGGAUUAUCUAAGGUCUAGGACACCUUAUCACGUUAAUUUGCUGAUGGCUGGAUACGAUGAUGAGACUGGGCCUGAGCUGUUCUUCAUUGAUUAUUUGGCUUCGUGUGUCAAGGCACCUUAUGCCUGUCACGGGUACGGAGGAUUCUUCUCCCUGACAAUUCUGGACAGAUAUCAUCGUUACGAUAUGAAUGAAGAGCAAGCCUAUGACCUCCUGAAGAAAUGCGUGUCAGAGGUGCACAAACGUCUGAUCGUCAAUCUUCCUAAUUUCAAAGUCCAGAAGAUCACAAAAGACGGUAUCGUCAAUUUACCUCCUGUAACCGCUCAGGACUUGGCCGUCGAACGUGCCGCCAGAGGAUAAACAGUUUAAUAUUUCUUGUUCAUGAUUCUGAAUUUCGUAAUUAUCUAAAGCUUAUUAAUUUUCAAUAAACACUCUUUGGAAUAAUAAAUAAAAGGUACACAUUGAUUUUCCACAGACAAAAUUCCUGUAUUUCGAAAAAAUUCUGAUCAGAUUCACAAAAGAAAAAUGGAUCUCGUAAUUUACAUUGACGACAGGAAUUCGGUAAUUAUUUUUAUCUUAGCAUUAGUCGUCGGGAAGAUUGAUUUUAUUGUAUUCUUCGUGUCACUAAUGCAGUUACAUCAUUGUGCGAUAUUAUAAUUCGGAAAAAUCACCCCUCAAUGGAAUAUUGGAAUGAUAGCAAUGAAAUUUCGAUGGUUUUGACAUUUGGCGAAUUCAUAAAAAAAAAUAAUGAGCUUAGAUAAGUUCGACGGUUAUCUAGUGGUAGUCAGAUGAUUUGAACUCCCACAGAGUAACGAGCCAUAGUCGAUGUACAGUAAAAAUUAUAGAAUCUCAUAGGCGAGUUCCAUCGUUGACUCAGGAAUAAUUCGGUAACAAUAAUAAAGAAUCUAAAAUAGAAAUUAUGCUCUAUUUUUCGUUAGACCAUGGAAAUAUUCUCAAGUCAAUGAUAUUUCUCUCCACGACGAGUGCCACAUUAUGCUUAUGAUCUGAAAAUCCGUGCGAGUACGAGGGAAAAACUCACAUUAAUUACACAACUCAUUUACUAAAAUCCUGAGUGUUUCAGAAUUCCCAAAUGAGAAAUUUCUAUGAAUUAGAACUGAUGCAGUCAAACGUCGAAGGACAAGGGGUUUAGUCUGUGAAAAAAAUCAGAUCGAUCUGAAAUUUCCAUGGAAUGUUCAUUCAAACGUUUAGACUCUUAAUUUCUCGAGAAUAUUUUGGAUUGAUGACAAAUAAAUCCGUAAAUUCGACAAAAAAUCAAAGACAAUUCAAAUGUUUUCAUAAAUAUUCCAUAUAAAUUUCAGAUUGAUGUAAUUUAUCAUUUUUCAACGAAAAUCCUUCAUACAAACUUCCAGAGACAUCAGUUCAAAUUUAAACGAGAAUUCCCCCUACCCACCCCCUAUGAUACACUGAUAAAAAUUGACAAAUCGUCAGUCCCCAUCUCAACCUACUGCCAGAGAAAAGCGACACAAAAUAGUCACGUCGAACAUUAAAGAAUCCCUAAUCCAGAAAA